CCUGUCAUCUGCUCACCGCCUGAAGCACAAAUCUGAGAGCAGAAGCCGCAUCUCAGCGCCGGGAGCAGUCUUCGACGAUCAGCCAUGGGUAAGGUUCACGGAUCUUUGGCUCGUGCCGGUAAGGUGAGAGGGCAAACCCCCAAAGUCGCGAAGCAGGAUAAGAAGAAGAAGCCACGCGGCCGCGCUCAUAAGCGGAUGCAAUACAACCGUCGCUUCGUCACUGCAGUUGUUGGAUUUAAGAAGAGGGGACCCAACUCUUCUGAGAAGUAAAUCUUGAACUGACGAUGGAUUAUGUAGGUGAAGAAGCUUGGUGGAGACUUCGAUGGAUUUUAGGUUGUUUUGUCAUCUGAUACUGAGUUACUUACUAGUGUUGUGUUGAACCAUGUUUGAGGGAUAUCUUCAUUUUGUUGGCUAUAGAUAAUGUGAUUUUGUUUUCAAUUACAUUUAUUUAUGGCUUUUAUACUUCAAUUUCAA